UUUGUCGUUUGGCACUUUGCCGUCAAAACCAACGUAAAGUCGAUUUUUCAUUGGCAAAAAAAUAUUUAUAAAAUUUAAAAUUUUCAAUGGAAUUUAAUAAAUAGUAGUUAACAAGUAAUAUAAAUAAAAGCUUAAAAUAUUACUUGUUAAUAAUGGCUGAAAGCAAAUCUAUUUUACAUGAGUUAUAUGUUUUUUCUGAAUGGAAACCUGAGCCAGAAUAUUUGCAAAAGCCUGAUAACAUAUUACCAGAGAAUAUAUCAAGUUUGUGGCGAUGGUUAAAAUUUUUCGGUGCUAAAAAAAGUUUGAUCGACAGUGUCACUGCACACAAAGAGAGGCAGCAGAAGUGGCACAUAGCUCUGGGUGAUGAAGGAAAGGUGAUUGCAGUUCUAACUGAUAAUAUAUUGGAAAUUAGAACAAAAAGGUCAGAAUAUGCAACAAUUGCAGCAAGAACUACAGUAUCCAGAGAUGGCUAUGCUCAGUGGAGGAAAUUGGUUUGGAGUCCUGACUGCUCAUUUAUAGUGGUGGCAUAUGGCAAUGGGGUUGUUAGCUUUUUUGACCUUACUGCUUCAAAUCUCUUCAACAUACCUGCUGACUGCUCUAGACCCGGCGGCUUGGAAUGUACCGACAACACUCAUGCAGUUUCAGAUAUAAUAUUCAGGCCACUUAGAGUAAAGGACACAAAAUGGAACUGGGAGGUGCUGGUGGUGACGUAUGACGGCAAGCUGCGCGGCUACCUGGUGUCACAGACUGAGGGCUUCAAGCUUCACCACUCGUUCCUCUUCCCCGGCGGCGUGGCGGCUGCGGCGUACUGCGAGCCGCACGCCACGCUCUACGUCGCCGGCGUGCCGAGGGCGCCGCACAAGGACCCGUCGUCGCCGGUCAGCGCAGGCAUCACAGCAUGGCGCCUGCUCAACGACGAGCCGUUCUACAAGCUGUCUGUGGUAUCCGACGAGCUGGAGGCGCAGCUGGCCAACGAGCGGUUCAGCCUUUAUAUACCGUUGGUUUUCUCUAAGAACAUGAACUUCAUAAUCCGCAUGGCGACGUCGCUGGACCACAAUCGGCUGGUGUGCAUUCACUGCAACGGUGACGUGUCGGUGUGGCGACUGCCGGCGCUGCGUGCGGAGCGGCGCUUCCGGCUGGCGGAGCAGCCGCAGCACGCGCUGCACAGCCCGCUGGCGCCGGAGCGCGCGCGCGACCCCGCGCUCUACGCGCCCGCCGACGUCAACUGGUGGAGCAGCGACGAAAUCAUCGUGUCGAGAUUCAGCGGAGCGGUGACAGUGUGCGGGGUUAAGGAUAUGGUGAACAUUCUCAGCAAGAAACCGGAGUUUUUCCAAGGAACACCAAAGCUGACGUGCGCGUACGACGGCGCGUUCAUGGCGCUCGAGUGCGAGACCAACGUGCUGCCGGCGCGCAAGUCCAGGAGCGACGAGUCGAUGGAAGUAGUGAAUGCUGAAGCGGAGUUGGACGACACCAUGCUGGAAGUGACCAAGGAGCUGUUCAAAACGGUGCUGUACGCCAUCACCGACAUGGAGACGUUCCAGCCGAAGCCGCGCAAGAUCACCGUCGUCUCCAGGAUAUACAGACUCCUCGGCGUGAAGAGCACCACGCCUACCGAACUGUUUUCCAGAAAGAUUGAAAGCGGCAACUACGCGGAGGCGCUGACUCUGGCGGAGGCGUUCGAGCUGGACAGCGACUUGGUGUACCAGCAGCAGUGGAGGAAGAACCCUGUCUCUAUCGAUGCCAUACAGAACUAUCUCAGUAAAGUGUCAAAGAAGAUCUGGGCAGUGCACCAGUGCGUGGACCGCUUGCCCGAGAGCCUGCAGGCCGCCAAAGAGCUGUUACACUUUGGCUUGGAACUUACCAACGAGAAAAUAUUGGACGAAAUCAACAAAGACCUGCCCGAAGACGAGUGGAAGGACCCGGACAGCGUGACGCUGGAGGACCUCAACGCGUACACCAGCGAGCUGCUUCGCUGCCGGCACGUCAUGCUGUUCUACAAGGAGCGCCUGCGACUCUACGAGGCGAUUCUCCGAUGCGAGAAAUCGACGUACGUAAAGGACGAGUACCACCGGCUGAGGAGCAACAGCGUCGUGCACAGCGCCAUGGAGAUCGCCAAGGAGGGCCGCAUAGAGGCGCUCACCUGCCUGUGGCCGCUGCUCAGGAGCCUGCCGCUGCAGCUGGCGGUGCUGGACAAGCUGCCGGAGACCCUGUACCCCAUGGACUACCAACACCUGCUGCCCACCAAGGACCCCGUCGCUUGGUUCGAGAACAAGUCGCCCAUCAAGAUACAGCCGUCGGAGCACGAGAACGAUUGGUGUAAGAAGGAGAUAUUCAGAUCGAUAUGGAGCUCAAAUUGGUCGGAAGACUCGACACCGGAGAACGAGACGGCCAGCAUGGAGAGCGACCUGGCGGCGUGGUACGAGAAGCGCGCCAGGGACAUCGAGGAGCGCAGCGGGCUCGUCUCCUACUCCCUCGCCUUGGUCUCCAUCGCCACCGUGAGCGGCGGCGUGGAGAAGCUCGACAACAUCAUAUUCCACCUGCUCACGCUCGACACGCUGGUGUAUGACAUCAACGUGGAAGGAGUCACGCUGGCCGAACUGGAGAAGAUGUCCAACUUGGAAGUGUGCAAAUUGCUUAUGAAGAUGUCGACUCCAGCCACAUUCGUAUCGGAUUUGAAGCAGUACAUGAUCCCAUUCCUGAAGCGAUACGAGAUAAUGACGCGCCGCAUAGACUACUGCCUCACAGGCCUCACGGAGUUCCUGGAGAGCAUCAGCGUGGAUGACCUCUCUAACAUAUUGUUGGUACUGCAAUCUCACAAAGACUUUGAGCUGGACGUGCGCACGCACCUGGAGCUGGUGGAGAAGUGCCUGUUCGCGCACACCGGCACCGAGCAGCUGGACAUGGCGUGCGACUUGCUCGACACAAUACUGAAGGAGACCGACGGCAGCAUUUCAUCGACAUCGCUGCUGCGGCGCUGCACGGAGCUGCAGCGGCUGGUGGCGGGCAGCGAGCGGCUGGCGUGCCGCGGCGUGCGCGUGCCGCCGUGCGAGCUGCGCACCCUCAACCUGGACGUGCCGCGCGCGCACAAGCUGCUCGUACGCGUCGCGCGCUCGCUCGCACAAGCCGCCGCCGGGAGGCCUGACCCCAGUGGCGUAGCAAGGCGUGGGCGAAGUGGGCAGGCGCCUACGGCCUCGCACACAAAGGAGCCUCGCGGAGCCACAAGUGCAGAGAAACCAUUGCAACAUGACUGGGAGGAACUGCUCCAAGAUUUACUUGAACUGCGCAUUACGCUCUUCGACUGCAUUACUAGAGAGGAAUGCUACGAGAUCUACGUGUCGGCGCUGCUGACGUCGGGCGACGCGUCGACCAUCCGGUUCGCGUCGGACGUGCUGUCGACGUCGUCGGCACCGCGCGCGCCCGACGCCGGCCGCAUCGCGUACAGGCGCAGCGUGGAGAUCGUCUCCGCCGCCGCCAAGGAGUACUUCAACUCCGCGUCAUCUCUCAGUGACCCAGCUUUGGAAUUGGCUAAGUGCUGUUUGACACUCAUCAUUGAAGAGAACGAAGAGAUACAGAGAGAGCUGGAUCUCAUCGCUGCUCUGCCGAUGCUGGCCGCCUUCGGGCUGUCGAUACUUCCAAUACAAGUUCGUCUGUGCGAAGACAAGAUGACUCUGAUAGAGGAGUGCCUGCAGGCGGACCCCGGCGCCUACCUGGCGAGCCACAAGCUGCUGAAGCUGGCCCACUUGCUGCGCAUCCCGGGGGACCACCAGAUGAGGGAAGGGCAGGUGCUCAUGGCGGUGGGCGAGCGCGCGCUGCGGGCGGGCGCGGCGGGGGGCGCGGCGGCGGCGGCGGCGGCGCGGCGACUGGCGGCGCUGCGGCACGCGCCCGCCGCCGAGCUGCUGGCGCGGGUGGCUCGCCACGCGCACGCGCACGCCUCCACGCCCGACCGCCGCGCGCUGCUGGCCGCCGCGCUCGCGCUCGCGCCGCCCGACCAGCUGCACCACAUGCUGACGGCCAGAUUAAGCUUGGAGCUGGAAAGCUUGCAGCAGCUGGGCGUGGCGGCGCGGGAGGACUGCAAGCUGGAGGCGCGCUGGCCCUCCACCGACGAUGAGUUCGCCGACGCCAUCACUACGCCUGUCAUAGAGAAAAAAGAUUUAAUACCACCGACGCAAGAGAAAAUGCCGCUGCUAAACUAUUUACUCGUCUCCUUCCAAAACAAAUUUACUUUGAGCGGCAGCAAGGCCGGCAGCCCGGAGACGGCGGAGCGGCUGGUGCGCUGCGCGGAGUUCUACCGCUCGCUGUACCCCGCGCACGCCGCGUGCGCCGCGCACUACGGCUACGACCGCUUCGCCGUGCCCGACGACCUGGACGCGUCGCCCGCGGGCCAGGCCGUGCUGCGCUGGUUCUACGUGCAGAACUGCUUGGAGAACGAGGACGCUUGCGACAUGGAGACUGAAGUUGUCCACAAGUGUGCCGAAGAGAUCCUGUACAAAGACACGCCGCUGAGCGUCGCGUGCCUGCUGCGCUCCAUGCAGGACUACGGGCAGGCCGCCGCGCUCAUGCAGGCGCAGCACUCCGACACGGCGGUCAGCGCCGCGCUCUACGCCACGCUCAUCCGCUGCAACUCGCCCGAGCUGCGGGACAACGUGUACUUGGCGCAGCCGCGGCAGAUGGCGUACAUGACGCUGGGCCGCAGCAACGCGUCGGACGAGCAGAUGGCCAUCAUCCGCCAGUGCGUGGAGAAGCUGUGCGCCAUCAGCGAGGUGCACCGGAUCCGCGAGCUGGGCCUCAACGUCAACAGCCUGUUCUUCAACGCCGACGCCGACUACAGGACGGAGAUCAUCUACCGGCUGGCCGAGUCGGGCGGCAUCGAGGCCGUCCAGCUGGCGUGCGGCAUGGCCAGCAAGUACGGGCUGGACUGCAUCGACGUGUGGCUGCACUACGCGCUGGAGACGGAGGCGCGCAUCGAGCCCGACACGCUGCCGCCCGCUGCCCGCAAUGCGGAGGGGGUCGCUCGUAUUCGCGACGCCAUGUGGCCCGCCGUGCGCGGCAGCGAGCACGCGACGCUCAUCGACCUGUUCACCAUCCUCAAGAACAUCGACGACAAGGCGCAGCUGUGCGGCCUGGCGCUGCCCGACCACAUCAAGCUGCUGAAGAAGGUCAAGGCUGCUUCGCCAGAUCUGGACUACAAGCUUCUUGUAGAGGAGCCUGCGCCGGAAGAGUUCUUGUCCCACAUACUGUGUAUCAUGAAGCCGGACAACGUUGGGCUCCUGACUAAACUGCUGCGCACGCUGCCGCCCGCCAUCAAGUUACCCGUCCCCAUCAACGCUCUGUACACCAUGUGGCUCACCAAAUACUUCUUUAGUGAAGGGUCAGGGGACAAGAAAUGGAUGCAGGCUUGGCGUCAGUGCGCCAGCUACUUCAACAAGUUGGCCAAAGAAGAGCUGCUCAAGUUUGUCGCGGCCACGUGCUUCUCUACGGAGGCUUUGCAGAAAGUGCCGUGGGGCACGCGCAGCUUGAUGAUAAUGCAGGCCGUGGACUACUGCCAGCAGGAGCAGGAAAAUGACUUCAAGUUUAAUAAGAACGAACAGACGUGGGCACAAAUAGGCCAGGAGCUGACCCGCUGGGCGCGCUUCCUGGAGAAUUACCAUUCUUCCAGCGUGCAGGCAAUCAUCGAAAACAGCGGCCUGCCCAAGGACCAUUACUGGCCUGAGCUGGAGAAGAGCCGCGGCGACGUGCACUCGGCGCUGGCGGCGCUGGCGCAGGCGGUGCUGCGCGGCAGCACGCGCGCGCCGCCGCUCGCCUCGCUGCUGCAGUGCCUGCACGUGCCGCUCGACACGCGCCAGGUGUUCCAGCACAUGCUGCACUGCACCGUGCAGUGCGUCGAAGACAUGGAGAUAAUGAUAGCACGAGUGUCCCAGUACCACAAGGAGGGCGUAGAGUUCUCGGAGGAGUUCCUGGAGCAGACCAUGAGCAAGGCGGGCGAGUUCGGGCUGCCGCCGCACAAGCAGCUGGGCCUGCUCACGCUGCGGCGCCGCAUCAGCGUGCACGACGGCGACGACAUGCUGAAGAUCGCACAAUCCAGCGUCGACUUGUUCAAAACCGAGUGGCCUGACGAAGAAUACGCACAAAAUUUAACAGAGGAGAAGCUGCUGUCGAUGGCGGGGCGGCGCGAGGUGUUCUACACGUUCUCCACGCUGUGCGACUCGUGGCGCCGGCGCCGCGCGCUGGUGGAGGUGCUGGCGUGCUGGCCGCUCACUCUGUGCGAGGGCCGCAGCCUUCACUGCGAGUACUUGCGCGACUUGCUGAUCAGCGACGGGCACCAGAGCGUGAUGCUCAUCAAGAUGCUGUUGCGGCGACCCGUGCUGCGAGACGAGGACAUCCAGCAGAUAGUGCAGAACGCGUCGCGCGCGUCCGUCGUCAACACCAUCUGGGUGCUGCUGCUGAACCGCGCCGACAACUCGGAGGAGCUCAUAUUCAAGCUCAUCCACUCGUACAAGGAUGUGAUACUCCAGGCGAACAUAGAAGAGGAUUUCAUAAAGGAGUUGUUGGAUCAAGGAAUGUUCUUAAAGCUAGUGCGCACUCCGCUGUACGUGCCCAUAGUCAACUACAUAAUGAACGUGAACAUGUCGCUGGAAGAGCCGGCGAGUCCGUACACCGUCGCCUGGGCAACGGCCGAGCUGGUCAAAGCUAACCACGUGGCUGAAGCUGGCAACUUGCAGCUCUUGUCUAUGGGUGUCCCGUCUACGCUCAGGGGUUUCUCACAAACGGUGCAGUUUUGCAAAAAAUAUAUGAAAUAAGUCAUCUUUUAUAUUAUUCUUGAUGUCUACUUAAUAAGUGUAUUUAUUUAUUGUAUUGUAUAUUCGAAACUAAGUGUAAGCGUAAGUUAUUAAAUUAUUUUAAUUCCA